AUGGCCCAUCUGUCGUCAAACGUCGACCUCACGGUCGGCAACCUGUUCAAUGCCAGCCACCACGUCGUGCUCGUCACAGGCGGCGCCUCUGGCCUGGGCGAGAUGGCAGCCCAGGGCUUCAUCCAGAACGGCGCGCGCGUCAUCAUCGCCAGCCGCAAGCAGAAGGACCUGGAGACGGCCACCGCGCGUCUCAAUGCACUGGGCCCUGGCAAGUGCGAAUAUUUUGUCGCCGACCUCAAGGACAAGGCCGGGUGCGAUGCUCUGGUUGCCGAGGUCAAGAAGCGCACCGACAGGUUGACUGUUCUCAUCAACAAUUCCGGCGCAACGUGGGGUGGAGACUACUUCGAUUUUCCUGAAUCUGGAUGGGAUAAGCUCAUGGCCCUCAACGUAAAGGCCAUCUUCUACGUGACGGUCGGUCUGCACCACCAGCUCAUCAAAGGCGCAACGGCCGACGAGCCCAGCCGCGUCAUCAACAUCGCCAGCAUGGCUGGUAUAUCCACGGCUGAUUCCACCUCUGGCGAGCAUGGCGGCCUGUCCCCUCCUGGAACUGGCGUCUUUAGCUACGGGCCCAGCAAGGCGGCCUGCAUUCACCUCUCCAAGCAGCUGGCAUCCAAGCUGAUGCCACAACAUGUGACAGUCAACUGCAUCGCGCCCGGCGUAUUCCCCAGCCGCAUGUCAUCCUUUGGCCUGCGCGAAUCUACCAAGACGCUGUUGGAUAAUCAGCCGAGUGGAAGAGUUGGGAAGCCCGAAGACUUCGCCGGGCUUGUGCUGUUUGUUGCCAGCAAGGGAGGCGCGCAUAUAACGGGCAAUGUGUUUGAGAUCGACGGUGGGGCUGUUCUCAGCCAAAGAGGUAAAGGACCUGCGAAGGAGAAGAGCUCACGCCUGUGA